CGGUAGCCCAUCUCUGUCAACAAAAAGUGCUUAUUCUAACCUCUUUUAUGGUAGUUGAAGAAUAAUAUUGUAAAUAUACUAUAGAAAUUCAUUUUCAUCUUAAACUAAUCAAUAAAAGUUUAUUUUUCAUACAAUUUUUUUUAAACAUAAGAGUAAAUUAAGUAUGUCAGCAGAAGUGGUGGAAAAAUUACCGAAUUUGCAAAUAGGGCCUGAUCCUAGUAUAAGUUAUCCAAUUCAUGUACAAUAUUGUGGAAACUGCUCUCUUCCUAUAGAGUACUGCGAGUACUAUCCAGAAUACGAAAAAUGCAAACAGUGGCUUGAAAGAAAUUUACCAUCAGAAUUCGAAAAAGUUAAGCUCGCAGAAGAUGGAAGUACAGAGGCUGGUGGAGGAGGAGGAGGGGGUGGAGAAGAUGAGAAAAAGCGACAGAAACGAGGCGGCAAGGGAAUGCUAAAAACAAAAAAGAAGGAAGAUAUCCCUAAGUUGGUAACCGUGUCCAGAGCACCUAGAGGAAAGAAAAAGUCUGUUACAGUAGUGACAGGAUUAAGCACUUUUGAUAUUGAUUUAAAAGUAGCUGCUAAGUUUUUCGGAAGUAAAUUUGCGUGUGGAUCUAGUGUCACUGGUGAGGAUGAAAUCGUAAUUCAAGGUGAUGUAAAAGACGAUCUGUUUGAUGUGAUUCCCGAAAAAUGGCCUCAGAUUGAUGAAGAUUCAAUAGAUGAUUUAGGAGACCAAAAGAGAUAAUAGGUGACUGAAAUUUUCUGUAAAGAAAUUGCAGAAACUACAAAAUUCACAAUUUUGAAUAUUUUUUACUUUUGUGUCCUGAACUCUAAAAAUGUACUUUUAGACUCUAAUUAUGUACAGAAUUUUAUCUUAAUACAUACAUUUAAUAUGCA